CGCAGGAAUGUGAAAGGAUCCCGCCCGCCGCCAUUUUCUUUCUUUCUUGGCAGGCAGAGCGCGCGGUAGGAAGCGGCGGAGAGGAGAUGUCGGAUUACUCGACUGUGCCCCCUCCUUCCUCGGGCGCGCCCGGCGGAGGCGGAGGAGGCGGUGGGGCCGUCAAUGACGCUUUUAAAGACGCGCUGCAACGGGCGAGGCAGAUUGCAGCAAAAAUUGGAAACGAAUCAGGGACAUCAGUGAAUUCAAAUGAUUACAGCUAUGGGGGACAAAAAAGACCUCUUGAAGAUGGAGAUGGCUCUUGGACAAGUCCGAGCAGUACAACACACUGGGAGGGAAUGCCCUCUCCUUUUAAAGAUCAACCAGAGCCUAAGAAGGUUGCUCCUCCAAAUAAUGAUUCUUUUGGAAACCAGAUGCCACCCAUGCAUCAACAACAGAGAUCUGUGAUGACAGAAGAAUACAAAGUUCCUGAUGGAAUGGUUGGAUUCAUAAUUGGCAGAGGAGGAGAACAAAUCUCUCGCAUACAGCAAGAAUCUGGAUGCAAAAUACAGAUUGCGCCAGAUAGUGGCGGGAUGCCUGAAAGAUCUUGCAUGUUAACUGGAACUCCAGAAUCAGUACAGUCUGCAAAGAGAUUGCUUGAUCAGAUAGUUGAAAAGGGAAGACCUACACCAGGAUUCCAUCAUGGUGAUGGUCCAGGAAAUGCAGUCCAGGAAAUUAUGAUCCCAGCAAGCAAAGCAGGAUUGGUUAUCGGAAAGGGUGGAGAGACAAUAAAGCAACUACAGGAGAGAGCAGGCGUUAAGAUGGUCAUGAUUCAAGAUGGACCACAGAACACUGGAGCAGACAAACCUCUCAGGAUCACAGGAGAUCCUUACAAAGUUCAACAAGCAAAGGAAAUGGUUUUAGAUCUCAUUCGUGAUCAAGGUGGUUUUAGAGAGGUGCGCAAUGAAUAUGGAUCAAGAAUAGGAGGCAAUGAAGGGCUAGAUGUUCCAAUACCACGAUUCGCUGUUGGGAUUGUAAUUGGAAGAAAUGGAGAAAUGAUAAAAAAGAUACAGAACGAUGCUGGUGUGAGGAUCCAGUUUAAACCAGAUGAUGGAACAACUCCUGACAGAAUAGCACAAAUCACAGGACCUCCAGACAGAUGCCAGCAUGCAGCAGAAAUUAUUACAGACCUCCUUCGAAGUGUUCAGGCUGGCAAUCCUGGUGGCCCAGGGCCUGGAGGUCGUGGAAGAGGUAGAGGUCAGGGCAAUUGGAACAUGGGACCCCCUGGUGGACUGCAAGAAUUCAAUUUUAUUGUGCCCACGGGAAAGACUGGAUUAAUUAUUGGGAAAGGUGGUGAAACUAUCAAGAGCAUUAGCCAACAAUCUGGUGCUAGAAUAGAACUUCAAAGGAAUCCUCCACCGAAUGCAGACCCUAACAUGAAAUUGUUUACUAUCCGGGGGACACCACAACAGAUUGAUUAUGCUCGUCAGCUCAUAGAAGAAAAGAUUGGAGGUCCGGUGAAUCCAUUGGGUCCCCCUGUGCCACAUGGGCCUCAUGGGGUUGUUCCUGGGCCACACGGGCCUCCUGGGCCGCCUCCAGGAGCCCCAAUGGGGCCUUACAAUCCAGCUCCUUACACCCCUGGCCCUCCUGGUCCAGCACCUCAUGGUCCUCCAGCACCAUAUGCACCACAAGGAUGGGGUAAUGCUUACCCACACUGGCAGCCACCAAAUCCUCCUGACCCUGGCAAGCCAACAGAUCCUAAUUCUGCAGCGUGGGCAGCUUAUUAUGCUCAUUAUUACCAGCAGCAGGCACAGCCGCCACCUGCAGCUCCGCCUAGUGCUCCACCAGCCACUCAGACCAACGGGCAAGGAGAUCAGCCAAAUCCAGCCCCAGCAGGACAGGUAGAUUAUACCAAGGCAUGGGAAGAAUACUAUAAAAAAAUGGGUCAACCAGGGCAGCCACAAGAUUAUUCAAAGGCUUGGGAGGAAUAUUACAAGAAGCAAGGCCAGGCCGUUCCCGCUCCAGCCGGAGCCCCACCCACAGGCCAGCCGGAUUAUAGCGCCGCUUGGGCUGAAUACUAUAGACAGCAGGCGGCCUAUUAUGCCCAGACAAGUCCACAAGGAAUGCCGCAACACCCUCCAGCACCACAGGUAUAACAGUCUUGAAUAACAUGGGGCCAAUAAUAAGAAGUGGACAAUACAGUAUUUGCUUCAUUAUGUGGGGGAAAAAACCUUUGUUAAAUGUAUGGAUGCAGACGCCUUGAUGAAGAUCAUAAUUUUUGUUUGGUUAAAAAAAAUAGUGUUUUUGAAAAUGU